AUGUUCAUUUCCGGUAUUAUAAUGAGCCGAAUAUCGUUGAUUUUGAUGCUGAUUUUCGUUGGAGAUCAAGUACAAGCUGACGGUUUUGUUGAAGAAGUGUCAUGUUCUGCCGACGCUAUCACUGUGGUGUUGAACAAAACCGAUCCGGAUAUUCAACGUUGGAUGGCUAAUCCCAAAUCCCAACCAGUCGUCUAUGUCUACGAUCAUAAAACCAGAACUCCGUGCGGAAGUGCACUCAAAAAUGGUAAUAUGGUCAAGUACAAUUUCACAAUACCUUAUGGACGACUCUGUGGUGUUCUCCUAACUGACUUGGAGCCAAACUAUCAGAAUGCUGAGACAACAAUCGCACUUGAAGAUAACACGGAUCAUAGUGCAUCGAAAGUGCUUCGUGUCAAUCAUGUGUUCUGUCUGUAUACGAGAAGCGUUCAGACGAUACGAUUCAACGAUAUAUCGACUGGACAUGAAGUCGUCGCAUCAACUGGUGGUAAACCGAAACCAAAAGUCGAGAUGAUAUUUCGAAGUGUUGAUGGACGACCGUUGAGAGCCGCAAAAUUCGGCGACACUGUCGAAUUCUACGUGGCACUCUCACCGGACAGUAAGUGCAUCAUUUCAAUUCCUUAA